AUAACAGGGCCGGGUCUUGAAGCGAUAGCCUGUAACUGGCUGGAGGAGCAGGAGGAGGAAGAGGAGGAGGAGGAGGGGGGCCUCUUCAUAUCAGUUUAUUAGGACCAAUAUUUUCAGCAGCAGCUCAAGGUUAUGCGCACACAACAGUCUGCCUCCCCUCAAUAAAUCUGCGCCGCUGCAAAAUGGCAUGACUUUUUUUUUUUAUAUGAAGAAAGUCUGUGAUUGAAUGUACCCUUAUCCCCGUGCUGAGCGCAUUCAAACGCGGCGACAGUCUCGCCUUUGAAAGGCCUGAAAAACUGUUGAGCGCAGCUUCAUCUGGAUCACAGCUGCCAAGAUGAUGGAGUUGCAGAUAGACGAGGUAGUCUACCAGGACGACUACGGCUCCGGCUCCGUGAUGUCGGAGCGGGUGUCGGGCCUGGCAAACAGCAUCUACCGGGAGUUCGAGCGGCUGAUACACAGCUACGACGAGGAGGUGGUGAAGGAGCUGAUGCCGCUGGUGGUCAACGUCCUGGAAAACCUGGACGCGGUGCUAACGGAGAACCAGGAGCACGAAGUGGAGCUGGAGCUGCUGAAGGAGGACAACGAACAGCUCAUCACUCAAUAUGAAAGGGAGAAAGCGCUGCGCAAACAGGCGGAGGAGAAAUUCAUUGAAUUUGAGGAUUCACUGGAAGCUGAUAAGAAAGAUUUGCAGAUGCAGGUGGAGUUUUUGGAGCUGCAGGGGAAACAGCUGGAACUCAAGACAAAAAACUAUGCUGACCAGAUCACUCGGCUGGAAGAGCGAGAAUCAGAGAUGAAGAAAGAGUACAACGCUCUGCACCAGCGCCACACUGAGAUGAUUCAGACGUACGUCGAGCACAUAGAGCGGUCCAAAAUGCAGCAAGCGGGGAGUAACAGCCAAUCAGAAGGCACCGGCUGUGGACGAUCUCAACGACACACAUGGAGGAAAAGCAGCAAAGCGGAGCGCCCACCAUCAUUGAGCCUGUACCCUGAUGGCAUGGUACGUGGGGGUCUCGGGGGGGCUAGGAUGAUUCCCGGGAAAGACAUCUGGCAGGUCAGCGAGCUCGGCCAUUCUACCUUCAGCUCCGCCUACCAGGAGGAUGGAUCAGAGUCGGACUCAGUGGCAGCCACACCCAGCAGCACAGGAAGCAAGUCCAACACACCCACCUCCUCUGUCCCAUCUGCCACAGUCACCCCAAUCAACGACGGCUUCCACCCACACGACUUUGACGUCACGCGGCCUGGAAAACACAGGAAAAGCGCCAAGCGCCUCAGUCGGAAUAUGGAGGUGCAGGUCUCCCAGGAAACCAGAAAUGUCAGCAUCGGUAUGGGAAGCAGCGAUGAGUGGUCCGAGUUUCAAGAGCUCAUCGAUUCUACCCCGGAGCUGGACAUGUGUCUUGACCCCCGUGUGUAUGGAGGAGGAAACAGCCCCUCUCAGGGCAUAGUUAACGCUGCCUUUGGCAUCAACACCGACUCUCUCUACCACGAGAUCAAAGAUGCCAAGUCGGACAUCAUUGGGGAUGUGGAUGCAGGUGCCGAGCUUCUAGGCGAGUUCUCAGUCCCUGAUGAUUUCUUAGGGAUGAGCAAGGAGUGGGAAAACAUGCUGGCGGAGAACAAACAGCUCUUACAGACCAAAAAUGCUCUAAAUAUUGUAAAAAAUGACCUUAUUGCCAAAGUGGACGAGCUGUCAGGGGAACGGGAGGCACUGAGGGAGGAGCUGGAGGCUGUGAGACAGUCUAAGAACAAGGUGGAUGGCAGAAUCAAGGAACUUGAAGAAGAAAUCAAGAGGUUACGAGCAGAGGCUCUCGGGGCUUCUCGGGACUCCAAGGAUGAAGUUGGCGAUGAUUUUUCAUCACCGAUGCAAGACGGCGACAUGACAAUGACCCAGCGGCGACGAUUUACUCGGGUGGAGAUGGCCCGUGUGCUGAUGGAGAGAAACCAGUACAAAGAGAGACUGAUGGAGUUGCAGGAGGCCGUGCGGUGGACAGAAAUGAUCAGGGCGUCCCGCGAGAAUCCUCCUAUCCAAGAGAAGAAGAAGUCCACCAUCUGGCAGUUCUUUGCACGUCUCUUCAGCUCAUCGUCCAGCCCUCCGCCCGUCAAGCGACCGUACUGCAGUGUCAACAUCCAUUACAAAUCUCCCUCACCGGCUGGUUUCCCUCAGAGACGCAGCCACACCAUGUGUCAGAUCUCCACCUCCAACCGCACCCUGGAGUUUUUCCCUGAAGAACUGGCAAGUAACGGUGUUGCGUCUCUCCUCAGUGACUCGGCACUGUUGGCCCGCCGAGAGCAGCGGCGUGAACAGUACCGACAGGUUCGCGAGCACAUGCGCCGCGAUGACGGCAUCAUGCAGGCCUGCGGCUGGAGCGUGCCAUCUCGAUUCAAACAGACUGGUGGUCAGACGGACAGCGCUCAGGACAGCCCGCUGAAGAGGCAGCAGACAACCAAUGAGAAAGAGGAUAACCGCAUGAAGAAUGUUCCUGUCCCAGUUUACUGUCGCCCUCUGGUGGAGAAGGAUCCCAACAGGAAGCUGUGGUGUGCAGCAGGAGUGGACCUGACAGGAUGGAGAAUCAGCAGUCAGGACACAGCAAUGGAAAAAGCACCACCAUGCAGCAGCGAUCCUCUGCACGCCGAGGAGGACGGAGCUGAGAAGAAGAAGAACCACACCUCUCCUGAGAAGAGGAAGUCAAAGGAGCUCCAGGAAACCGAUGCAAUGAGCAGUCGAGUGUGGAUCCUCACCAGCACCCACUCUGCCAGCAAGGUGGUCAUCAUCGAUGCCAACCAGCCAGGCUCACUGGUUGACCAGUUCAAUGUCUGCAAUGCUCACGUGCUCUGCAUCUCUAGUGUGCCAGCUGCCAGUGAGACUGACUAUCCAGCCGGAGAGAUUGUGUUGGAUCCAGGUGAUGGUGGAGCAGGGGGAGGAGAGGACACAGGCGGUGUGGAGGGCAUGUUAGCCGGCAUCACUCUUGUUGGCUGUGCCACCAACUGCAGUGUUGCACGCAGCAACUGUUCCUCUCGCACAGAUACGCCCAUCAUGGACAAAGGACAAGCUCCCACUGCUCCACCAAUGAAUGGGAAGAUUCACCCUGCCCAAUCAGCUGAGGAAGCCACAGAGGCCACAGAGGUUCCCGAGUCAACGGCCAACAACACAGAAAUGAGAUCCGGACCUCCAGGACCGUUUACUGAGCACGUCUUCACCGACCCUCAGCCUCGUCCAGCAAACGCCACGGAUAGGAGCUCAGGCCAGUCAAAGGAGGAAACAUCACAUCCUCCAGAGUCAGAGGAUGGAGGUGAUGAGACCAAAAACUACACCAGCGUGGCCCCCACCAUGUGGCUUGGGGCCCAAAAUGGCUGGCUUUAUGUCCAUUCAGCUGUGGGAAACUGGAAGAAGUGUCUUCACUCCAUCAAACUUAAAGACUCAGUGCUCAGUCUGGUGCAUGUGAAAGGUCGCGUGCUGGUUGCCCUCGCUGAUGGGACGCUUGCGAUAUUCCACAGAUCAGAGGAUGGACAGUGGGAUUUGUCCAACUACCAUCUCAUGGACCUCGGCCGACCUCAUCACUCUAUCCGCUGCAUGGCUGUGGUCCACGAUAAAGUGUGGUGCGGCUACAAGAACAAGAUCCAUGUCAUUCAGCCAAAGAGCAUGCAGAUUGAGAAGUCCUUCGAUGCCCACCCUCGCAGGGAGAGUCAGGUACGGCAGCUAGCCUGGAUUGGUGAUGGAGUCUGGGUGUCGAUCCGAUUAGAUUCAACCUUGCGUCUCUACCAUGCGCACACGCACCAGCACCUCCAGGAUGUAGACAUAGAGCCAUACGUCAGCAAGAUGCUGGGUACUGGCAAGCUGGGAUUCUCUUUUGUGCGAAUCACAGCACUCCUGAUUGGUGGAAAUCGUCUUUGGGUCGGGACUGGAAACGGUGUCAUCAUCUCCAUCCCACUGACAGAGACGGUGGUCCUUCACCGGGGACAGCUCCUGGGUUUGAGGGCCAAUAAGGUAUCACCUACAUCCUCUGGCGGGGUGAUCCAUGUGUACGGUGACGAUGGCUCUGAGAAGAGCAGUGGCAGUUUCAUCCCCUACUGCUCAAUGGCACAGGCCCAGCUCUGUUUCCAUGGACACCGUGAUGCUGUCAAGUUCUUCGUCUCUGUACCGGGCAAUGUUCUGGCCACCCUAAACGGCAGUGUGCUGGACAGCCCGUCAGAAGGACAGGGCUCCACUGCACCCACAGAGACUGAGGCACAGAGUAUUCAGAACGUGUUGGUGCUGAGUGGAGGAGAAGGCUACAUCGACUUCCGCAUAGGCGAUGGAGAGGAUGAUGAGACAGAGGAGGGAGAGAACAGUGGUGGUGGAGCUCCACAGAAUAAACCUACUCUGUGCAAAGCUGAACGGAGCCACAUCAUUGUAUGGCAGGUGUCCUAUGUACCUGAGUGACACCUGACAUCUGCUUUAACACCUCACCCAUCCACCCAUUUCCUUAAAGAGAUCUCUUCUCCCGCCCAGAAGCUUUCAGCUACCCAAACCUUGUAAUUUAUCCCCGGGUCAUGUAAAAGUUCCCCCCUUUGGCUCUAAAAUGGCCAUUCAAGCUGUGUAUUGUCCCUUGUAACUAUUAUACCCCCUUCUGCCCCAUCACCUUGUAACUUUAAUGCCUUGUAAGUACCUCCACUGAUCGAGUAACCUGCCUGCCAUCCUGUCUCUGUCCCACCCAGGGCACUGUAACGAUCUUCAUGAGCUUUGUAACCCAGCUUCAUAACUACCUCCCUUCUCUGUACCAACCUUAUAUUCACCCUGUAAGCACACUGUAUCUCCUCCUAUAUUUACCUCAAUUAUCCUGCAUCUGCCCCACUCCUCAACUUGCUCCAUUUUGUCAUCUGUGAAAACUCCACCUCAUUUUAAAGCAAAGCCCAGAGCCCCAACAUGCACAAAAAUAAGGACGAAAACAGCAGCCGGCACAGCAACAGGAAAGAUAACACUGACAUGUAAAAAAAAAAAAAAAUCAAUCGUACCAACAGCCAAUUGGCAGUCUGUUAAACAUUAGGGACUUUGUUUUAUGCAUUUACAUAUUAUUUGACAGUGUGUGAGGAAACAGAAAGCUGAGGUCUUGGUUUAAGGUUGUAGUUCAUGCAAACGUGUGGUGAAAGUUCAGAGUUUAAUUCAGGAUGAGCAGACACGGAACAAAUAGGAAGCCAAAAUUACUUCAUGUCCAACUCACUGCAGAAAUCUGGGUUCACCCAGCUGCUACUUGAAAUACAUUGCAUCUCACAAUGAGUUGCCUCUAUUUGAAGUGUCCUGAUGUGGCUCAAAAGCCAGAUCGCGUCCACAUCCAGUCAUAGGAGUUGAGUUAAAUGUGUCGAGGGUUCGGUCCAGAUCUCAUUUCUCUCAUCUGCCUGGCUGUUGACGGGACGGGUGAGCAGUAGCGUGUUGUCAUUGUAUGUACAGGGAGCUAUGUAAAUCUCCACUGAAGCCCAUCCUCUUUGUUCAGUAUGGAAAUUCUCGCAUUGAUCUCUGUGUGGAUUAAAUAUUAAACAUAUUUG